UUUUAGUAUUUUCGAGUAUAGGAGAGUUCCACAAUAAUGUCAAUGCCUGAAAAGAUACAGGAGCCAAAAAACGUUGAUCUGUCGGCGGCAGGACGAGGUGUAUGGCUUGUCAAGGUUCCUAAGUAUUUACAGGAAAGAUGGGAGAAGAACAAAACAGGAAAGACAGAAGUGGGAAAAAUGAGAAUCACUCGAUCCAAAUUUCCUGGACAGAAGCCCAAAGUGACAUUCACAAUUGACGAAGAGGUAGCUAAGGGUUCCCCGGGGGACAUGCCUAUCCCACAGGACCAUAACAUGAUUCUGACUGGUCUGGGUAACCAGAACUUGGUUGUGUUCUCCCAGACUCCAGUCACAGUCAAACAAGAAUCAAGCACAGGGUCUGUUGAUGUAGUGGCAUCAGACAGGAUCGCCAUAGAGGGAAAAGUCAUACAAAGGGCGGACUGUCAGCCAGACAGAAACAAAAGCUACCUGAAUCUCAAGAGAAUGCAGCUUGAAACCAAAAACAAACCUCAACGAGAAGUAAUUCAGAUCACAAAAGUAGUUACAAACUAUAAACCUGUAAAGGACCAUGUACACAACGCUUCAUCAUCAGACAAAACUAAAGUGGAGAAGAGGCUUAGAGAUACUAAAGAAAAAGUCAUGGACAUUUUGUUUGAUGCCUUUGAGAAACAUCAAUAUUACAAUGUCAAGGAUCUUGUUACCAUCACCAAACAGCCAGUAACUUAUUUGAAAGAAAUUUUAAAGGAGAUUUGUACCUACAACAUGAAGGCACCCCAUCGUAACAUGUGGGAGUUAAAGCCUGAGUACCGCCAUUAUAAAGAACAGCAUUCAUCAGGAUGACCUUCAACUGUGACCUCUAGGUCAAGCUAUCUUGACUGGUUCUUGUAGUUUGAUCAGUGAAUCCAACAAUGUUCAACAAAAUUUGUACAUUCAUCUUUAACUGACUUUAAAUUCAAUAGUGUCAAACAUUGAAUGGACAAGUUGAAAACUGAGGGAGACAUUGUUCAUCCUCUUAAAGUCAAUAAAUAUAUGUACAUAU